UGUUGGUGGCGUUGUGCGGCUGCCACACCGCUCGAACGGUAUAAACAAUUUUUAUAUUUUGCAUUUUUAAAUGUCGGAAAAUCAAUCUGUGAGCCAGCGCAAAAUGAAAAGCGACGCAUGGAUCAGCUGAUACACAACAUUUGAGAAUACUUAACUUUAUUGUCAUCAGACAAGCAGGGAGUUUAGACCAAAAAAAAAAACUACACCCGCAGUCCGAUCCUCGAAACGUGUGAUAAUAAAAUCACGGAACAAUCCGAAAAAUAUAAAAAGAAUAAUGCGGCAAUAUUCCGGUUUGGUGCGCUAAAGAAUUCGUGAUUUUCGAACGUGAGCUAGCAUUAUUGGAAUUGGAUAUGAGUUCGGUAAAAAUUUAAACGGAUUCCACUUUUGAAGGGCCAACUUUUCAGUGUCCCGGUGGCAGUUCCAUUAUCCGGAGAUGAAACCCACCCAGUUCGGAGGCACUAGCUCCAAGAUGACGGAGCCCAUUGAGUAUGUGACUCUGAUUAGCGACGAUUCCGAUGGUGAGCCCACGCCCAAAAGAAACGUCAAUCACCCGCCGUCGGCAUUGUCAGCACCCAAUCCUGGUCAGAAGCAAAAGCACCCGGAUGAGGACUCCAAUGACGCACCUGCCACCAGCGAUGAGCGACGCACAAGUAGGCGCAAUCGGCCAAAAGUGGAUUAUAGUAACAGGCCUAGUGGAAGUGGAGACACCGCAUCCAAUGACAAGUCAGGAUCGGCAUCCAUGGGAAAUAGCAACCAGCAGGCGGAGCGUCGCGGCCAAAGCCAAACCCGCAAGUCAGAAGCCAAUGCCACCUCCGUGUCCGGACCCAGUGCAGGAAAUUCCAGACCAUCCCAGAACGGAGAUUCCAAGGACCGGGAUGCCGGCACGCCCACGGUUUUGUCUGGCCAAGAGGGCGCCGUCUUCCAAUCUCGCCUGCCGUUUAACAAAAUGACACCCAACGAGGAAGCGUGCUUUCCAGACAUCAGUCGCUCGGGCAUUCUGGGCCAUCGGGUAUUCCUCAACAUUCGUAACAGCCUCUUGCACAUGUGGGUGGACAAUCCCAAGGUCCAGCUGAGCUUCGAGAUCGCCCUUAAGAACCUGCCGCCGCCAUUCGACAGCGAGCCCAGUUUGGUAAGGCGAGUACACUCGUUUCUGGAGCGUCAUGGCUUCAUUAACUUCGGCAUCUUUAAGCGACUUAAGCCUAUACCCGCCAAAAAGCUGGGCAAAGUCAUAGUGAUCGGGGCAGGGAUCUCCGGCUUAGCAGUCGCACACCAGUUACAGCAGUUCGGCAUGGAUGUGAUCGUCUUGGAAGCGCGGGAUCGAGUAGGCGGACGGAUAUCUACGUUUCGGAAGAACAGCUAUAUUGCCGAUGUGGGAGCGAUGGUGGUUACCGGCGUCUAUGGCAAUCCAAUGACGAUCCUCAGCAAGCAGAUCGGUAUGGACCUAGUACCCAUCCAGCAGACAUGUCCACUUUAUGGCCCAGAUGGCAAGCCCGUGCCGAAGGAUAAGGAUGAUGUGAUCGAGAGAGAAUUUAACCGACUGCUGGAAUCAGCCAGCUACCUUUCCCACCGUCUCGAUUUUAACUACGCCGGCGAUUGUCCAGUUUCUCUAGGCGAUGCCUUGGAGUGGAUAAUCAGUAUGCAGGAGAUGCAGGUGAUGCACAAACGGGGGCAGCACAUGCAGGAGAUCAUAGCUACCCAAACGAAGAUCAUUGAACAGCGUCGUCGACUGAAAACCCUUAGAGAUACCAUCGCCACACUAAAGAAUGAGCACUUGGCAAUGAUCAACCAGCGAAAACCCAAAGGCACGGAUGGCGAUCUGAAAUACUGUUACCAGGAGUUUAGCAUUAGGAACACCCAGAUCAAAAUGGAGGAAACGAUCAGUACGUUUAACGAUCUCCAUGCCGAGGAAAAGCAGAUGUUAGUCAAGCUGCACGAACUGGAGCAAAACCGACCUAGCGAUGUGUACCUCUCGUCCCGCGACCGCCUGAUCUUGGACUGGCAUUUUGCCAACUUAGAGUUUGCAAACGCCACCCGGCUAAAUAACCUGUCGCUGAAGCACUGGGAUCAGGAUGAUGACUUCGAGUUUAUUGGCCACCACACAACUGUGCGGAACGGUUAUUCAUGUGUUCCUGUAGCUCUUACUGAAAACCUGGACAUCCGCGUCAAUAGCGCCGUCAAGGAGAUUAAGUACGGCACCAAAGGUGUGGAAGUAGUGGCUGAGAACUUGAAGACAUCCAAUUCGCAGAUGACGUACAAGGCAGACCUGGUCGUCUGCACACUUACUCUGGGCGUCCUAAAAGUGGCUGUAGCACAUAAGGAGUCACAGCAGAGUAACACAGUCAAGUUUGACCCGCCAUUGCCGGACUGGAAACAGCAGGCCAUCAAAAGGCUGGGAUUCGGGAAUCUUAAUAAGGUUGUGCUCUGCUUCGAUCGCAUCUUUUGGGAUCCCAACGCUAAUCUAUUCGGGCACGUGGGCAGCACCACGGCGAGUAGAGGAGAAAUGUUUCUGUUCUGGAGUAUAAGCUCAUCUCCGGUGCUGCUCGCGCUAGUCGCCGGAAUGGCAGCGAAUCUGGUGGAGAGUGUGACGGAUGACAUCAUAAUCGGGCGUUGUAUGUCGGUGCUGAAAAACAUCUUCGGGAAUACCUCUGUUCCACAACCGAAGGAGACAGUGGUAACGCGUUGGCGCAGCGAUCCCUGGGCCCGUGGGUCGUACAGCUACGUAUCCGUUGGUUCCUCGGGCAGUGACUACGAUCUGCUGGCGGCGCCUGUCAUUCCGCCGUCCAGUAAGGAUGCGGAAGGAUUGCCACGGCUAUUCUUCGCGGGCGAGCAUACGAUACGGAAUUAUCCGGCCACUGUGCAUGGAGCGUACUUGAGCGGAUUGCGCGAGGCGGGACGUAUUGCGGAUUACUAUCUCGGCUAUCCAGAGGGAACACCGCCGGACAUUGGCUACUCGGUGGCUGAGGCUGCCAAUCUGGUGUCCGUGGGAAAUGUUGUCAAGCUGCGCGACUUCUCGCCCAAUCUAUCUGACUCCUCCCCGUCGUCAAAGAAGUCGGAGGAGAAUUCAAACUCAAACACUGCCGACUCUACGGAGCUACAGUAACAAUGUAUUUAGCGUGAUGGAUUUGGGCCCCAGCAGUUACUCCUAGAGCGUUUAGUUUUGUAUCAUACAACUGGAACUCGCUGUUUAAAACAAAGCUAGGCCGAUGUAAAUACCUAAGACUAUUCCACUAAGCAUGGACCACUUUCAUUCAACCAAUUAUAAAUUAUAGAUAAAAAGCAAUAGCACCCAACAUAGCCAAUCCUCUUCAGUGUUUCCUUCAGAUCAAAGUAAACAAACCUCUGUGCGCCUAUAAUUGAUCAACAAAUACAAUCAUCUAUCAUAACUUCCUGUUCCACUUACCCGUCAAAGGGGAGUAUAUGUUUUAAGUAUAUUAUCGCGUACCAGAUUGUUUUCAAUCAUUAUUUUGUAAAUGAAAUUUGAAAAUUGUAAAUUAAGUGUACGCAGAUAUUUUUAAUUAGGUUAAUUUUAUUUAAGUAAUAAUUUCACAUUACUUUCAACUUAAAAAAACUUAAAAUUUUUUAAUAUCAUUGUUAUCUGGAUAAAAUAGGAUGUAGAAAAAUGUGUACGCAAAUCAUGGCAUAAAUUGACUCUUAAAAUAUAAUGUAAGCUUGA